UGAAUCGUUCUCUUUCGUCAAGUCAGUUUCGACGGAUGUUUUAGCGGUUACAUAAAGUGAAGGUUGGAUUUAGCCAUGAUUAUUUGGUCGUGGUUUAACGAGCAGGACACGCAACAAAGAUGGCUCUGGUUGCGCUUCUCUUUCUUCUACAGUUUAUCACAACUUUCCACUGCACUUCUGCAGAUCUGCGCUCGGAGUACGCUCAUCAUGCCGUUUUAGCAGAGAAAAUGAGACUCUUCUGGACCGUUGACUGGGAGAAUGAAACCGUUUCAUUUGCCGUGGAGGCAGACACAACUGGCUGGGUUGGCUUUGGGUUCUCCACUUCUGGACAUAUGCCUGGCAGUGAUGUCGUGAUCGGAUGGGUCAAAGAUAACAAGGGAUAUCUUACGGUAAGAACAGUGAACUAAAUAUCAAUGCAGCCAGUGUUUUGAAUUCGCUGCAAGUAUGAUUUUUUUUUUCUUUUUUGCUGCCGCCCUUACGAAAGAAAACAAACAUUUAAUGGAUCUGUUCCUAGAAUAGUUACGUUCCAAACGAGGCCCCCAUUAGCUUGUAAAUAACCAUUAACACACUCAAAAACGUUGUAUUGUUUAAGAGUGACGCUCAUUUCUUACGAACAUCUCAUUCUUCCAGCUUGCGCGAUGCAGUGGCCUAAUAGUUUGCUAAUUGUGAUGAUAAUUACACUCAGUUUUCCGGCUUGAGUGUAAUGCUACUCAGAGAUAGAGACAUUUUGUUAUAUGAAGUUGCAUGACUUUCAAGGAUAAAUUAGUCCUGAAUGUUGACUACCGGUAAUAUAAAUUCCCCAAAAGAAUUCCCGAAAAGAAUAAAUACAUCUCGCUCUUACGUGACAAUUUGUCACGCUGUGCUAAAAUUGUCCCCCAUCACCUAAACAUUCUUGUCGUGAGUGGUUACAAACGUAGGGCUUGAAAAUGUUAUUCGUAAGUGUUCUUGUUUAAGCAACAUAAAUUUUCGCUUGUAUUAGGAAAGCUGACUUGAGCAAGAAAUCUGCACAUCUAAAUUGCGGUGACUUGCAAUUUCGUUUCACAGUUCGUUACAACUCGGUUCGGUCCGCCAAAAAAUUCAAAUUCAUUUGUCUUCUAUGCAUUUUCCAAAUCUUGGAUUUACGUGAAUGCGAAUGAAUGAAAUGAAGCUGUUCUCCGUAUCAUGUGAAAGCUUAGUUUAUUCGAACGUGACAUGAAAAUAUGAGCACUUGUAAACAUUUCUAUAUUUGGACAAGACCCACUGACUUCCUUUUUGUGAAUCUGAUGAAGCAGUAUGAUUACCGGUGUGCGUGUAGUAAUAAAUAAAAUAAGCCUUCGAUAAAUAUAUAUAUAUAUAUAAAACAGGUUUUCGAGGAUUUUUUUUAAAACUCGUGCCGGUAACUACGAAGAAAGGGUGCUAUAUGUAUUAAUGACAUCCGUAAAUCUUCCAAGAAAUUUACUUUUUAUCUAUUCGCAGAUGAUUUUUGGUCCGCGCCAGAAAAAAAAAGCGGACAUUUGUUUGCCAACUUCUUGAUUUUGUCAGACACCUUACUAUUUGAGUAUUUUUCGCUUUGAGGGAAAAAUCAUGGAGUUGGAUUUUGCCAAUUAAUUCAACAGCAUGACUUCAUAAUGACGUCAUAUUACGUCAUUGUGUCAAUCAAGUUAUGCCUAGAUUUUGGAAAUAAAUAAUACAUUAUUCGAUAUCAUUGUAGGGGACGUUUUAUGAGUGCCCCUUAUAUAAAUAAUCGUCAUCGUAAAAAAUCCUCAAAAAUAAUAACAAGAAACAAUUAUUGUUGUUGUUGUCGGUGAUGAUACCUAUUAUUGGGUUUACCUGUCCUCCGACCAUCCAUCUCAAGUUUAUUACAAAGUGCUACAGAACACCGAUCUAUAGCUAUUUCAUAUAUCAUGAAAAAAAAUUGCCACAUCUUUUUCCAUAAAGUUAUGACAAGAGCCAUAAUGGAAUCGAUUAAAAUGAGCGGACGUCCCAGGAAUUAGACUUCCGUCAGCACUGCUUCCGUUUAAUUACAACCUCUGAAAAUAACUUUAGUGAAAUUCACAUAUCCCGGCCAACGCCCUAAGAUUCCCUCUCUGUCCCAUUAUGGCUCUUGAUUAUGAAUAUAUGAAAAUCAUAUAAUAAUAAAUCAUAUAAUCAUAUAUAUAAUUCCUUUUCUUUUUUGGAUUUUCACUGUUAGGCCAAUGAAAAUCCAACGAUUUCGAUAGAUAUAUAGAGAACAUUUCAUGGAAAGUGCUGGCGUACGGUACUUACGCACAAGUUGAUGACGUAUCAGAAAUCGAACGAGUGAGAGCUGCUAACGAGUGAGAUUUCUGAUACAAAAACAACGAGUACGUAAAUACGAGUGCGUAAAAUAAUGAGAACUUUAAAAUGGAAGUUGAACCGACGAUUUUUGUCACAUAUUUAAUAAUUACAGUACAAUUAUGUUAUUGAUUAUCUAAAAACCUGUCUGUUAAAAUUUGGUCAAUACGUUUCAAAUGGUAAUGAUUAAUUAUAGUGAGCUGUGUGCAAGUUUAUAGGAAAAUCUAAUGGGCGAGUUUUAUGUAAACUGAGCAAAAGUGGAAUUUUAAUGUUGUCUUCAAUCGUUCAUGUUGCCAUGGAAACUACGAAAACCUGUAGUUCAAAAUCUUUCAUCAGUUUAUUUUUCUCUUGCCACGUUUCAGCUUGUGAGCUGCAACCUUUCUCUUGUCAUGAUUUGGCAAAUGACGUAUACUCACAAACUACCAAAACUGUGUUCAGCCACCUUAAGUGGAAGACAAAGGCGCUCCUACAAAAAGCACAACAUAAGCUUACGUCUCUUUCUGUUUUUCCCCUUCCGCUGUUUUUUCGCCGGCUCUCUACAGUUUUCUUUAUCAACAGUGAAACAAACGAAACUAUUCCACUCCAUUUCCGAAAUGUUUUUCACUUUUUUAACGCGAAAAACUCUUCGAGAAAAACUUUUCUCGUUGAAUGUGUGCGAAGCCGCGCUUCAAGCUGCAAGAAAAGGCUUGAAUUUUGGCGCGAAACUCACACACCUCUGUGGCUUCUGAUUGGACGUAUCAUUUUUCUCACACGUGAAAAAACAUCGUUUGCGAUUUUGAUUGGACGUGUCAUUUUUUUCACGUGUGGAAACCAUCUUUCGCUCCUCUGAUUGGCUAGAACUCACUUGCGUACGAAAAUUUACGACAUAGCUUUUUGGUGAGUAUUUCUCAGUAUGUAAGGGAUGCAAAAAGAUGAAUUUGUAAACAACCUCGGUAAGAUUUAUGUCUGUUUCCAUUUUUCAACGUUUCUGAAGGCGGACAUCAAAUUUAUCAGUAACGUUUACACAUAUAAUCUAUUUAUUUCCCUUUCAUUACAUCAGAAGAACUUGCCACUUAACUCCUGGAAUGAGAUGUUUUGCUCGUUAAGACCGAACAUUUCGGUUGAAUCUAAAAUUAAACAACUGCACACCUAAACUGUAACUCAUUCUACAUUGUGAUUUUGUGGCCCGGUUUCGUGCAUUGCUUGCCGCUAACAACACACUUUGUCCUUAUCGUUUAGAAAUGUGUUUGCUGACAGCUUUAUACUUUCUUGAGGGAUUGCCCUAUGAAACUGAGGUGGCACGAAUUACAUGAAAUUUUUAAAUCUCUUUUUCAGGAUCGUUAUGCUGUCGCAAGAGCAGUUCCGCCCAUCGAUGAUCAGCAAGAUUACCAGCUUACAGAUUUCAAAGAAAGUGACGGAAAAACUCUGCUAAAGUUUACGAGAAAAUUUGACACAUGCGAUUCACGUGACAAAAAACUCGAGGUGAGUAGUUUUUGAGAGACCUAGCCAGGUCCGGUCCAGCUUUCAAAGACAAUAAUGUGCAGAGAGAGAGUUAACACUGAUACAGUAUUUUUCUCUAGGCCUUGUUUUCGCGACGUCCUUAACUUACUCUCUGAGAGCCUGACACAGGGUGGUUGGAGAAAUACAACCGACGUCAAGAAGGUUCUAGUUAUCGGGCCUUUAAAGCAAAUAACUGGAAAUAGGGAAAUAAGGAAUUCGGCAACAAAGCUUCUCAUUAAUAUACAGGGCUGGACACUGUAGUUGAAUUGGACUGAGGAUUAAAAUUAAAGGCAAAGAAUACACAGUUGUUUUGAAUUCAAUGUUUCAGACUGCAGUACACACUUUUUCUUUUUUUCGAUCGACUUAUCACGCGAUUAAAAAAUGGUUUGGGUUAUCGAGGGUAAAGUCCUAUAGAAGUGAUCUGAGGAGAGCAAAUAUUACUUUGAGUUAGUCGGUCUGCUGAGCGGGAGGUCGCGUGUUCGAACCCCGGCCGGACCAACACUCGGGGUCUUUAAAUAACUGAGAAGAAAGUACUGCCUUUGUAAUGACAUCUGCAAACGAUUAGACUUUCUAGUCUUUUUGGAUAUUGUAGGGAAGAAAACCGUAGGUCCCGUUUCACAGCACUUAAACUUAUCUGGUUCUUGUAGGACGUAAAAGAACCCACACCACUGUUCCAAAAGAGUAGGGGACGUAAGCCCCGGUGGUGUGGCCAACCUUCACCAACCAGUCACAUCAUGGGUUGGGUGGGUACAGUAAGCUCAUCAGAUGGACUGAGAGUGGCUGCCAGUGGCGCCUUUGUAUGCUGAUGUCCGAGCUUACUGUUCACAUGUUAAUAUAUAUUGUAAGAGGGCACGUCUGUUUCCCUCUAAUCCCUGACUCCAUCCUUCCGUCCUUCCUUCCCUCCUUCUUGUAAACGACCACCGCCCGUAAGCGACCACUCAGUCUUACAAUUUGGGGUGGUCGCUUACGGGAGGAUCGACUGUAUGGAUAAACAACAAUACAUUGUUCUUCUUUCAGGUUGGCGCUAUGAAGAUUGUGUUUGCCUAUCACUCUGAGGAUCCUGUAUCACCAACUGAAGUUAAAUAUCACGAGUUUAGAGGCGUUAAAAGCAUCCUCCUACUGAGCAGUGUGGACACAAGAAAGACAAACGUGACCGGAUGGAAAACCUUCAAUAUGACAGCUCGGAAUGUAAGAAAAACAUUAUUAAAAAGUAUUAUUAUCGUUGGUUUAGACAGUCCUUCGGAAGAUCGUCAAGAACGAGCGCUCACCGUUACGGGCGGCCAUCUAAGUUUUAAAUGUACUCCCCCAAAAAAAAAUUCAAAAAGAAAAUAUCCGAAUCCUUUUUUCAGAUCUUCCUUGAACUGGACAGUUAUUUUGAUAUAGAUGCCUUAUUGAAUGAAAAGUAAAGAAUUUAAAAUUUAUCUUCCUAGUGCUUGAGACUUCUUAAGUCGGUAAUUCUACGUCUUUUUAUCCUUCCUCUAGCCUCUUAUUUAUGAUUAAUAUAUUCGUUGUAUUUGUAUAGGUAAUAGCAUGAUUUGUAGUGAUAUUUGGCAUAAAUACCACGAAUGAUAUUUCAAAAUUGUUAUACGUCAUUUCACGAGCCGUUAGGCGAGUGAAAUUUGAGACAAUUUUGAAAUAUCACGAAUGGUAUUUAUGCCAAAUAUCACUACAAAUCAUGCUAUCAUUUGUUUAUACUACUACCCACAAAAGGUUUGUAAUUUUCACAUGAAGGUAUUUCAAAUUAAGCUGCAAUACCACUGCUCUAAGCCAAUCAAAAUUGCAGACAUUUCUCAUGUAGUAGUAUAAAAUCUGUAAUACCAUUUUUAUUAUCGUAAUUUAAGUGUAAGUGAUCCGUCUCUAUUCUACCUGCCUCGAUUAGCUUCGCUAUUUGCAGGUAGUCUGUACUCGUAAUUAUCGAUUUUCAUGUAAGGCUACGUUGGGAGUUGUAAGCCAACAAUGUUGCGUCCGUUUGCACGGGGCUAAAAGUUUGACCGGUUUCAAACUUUGCGCAACAACAUCCAACAACAUGCAACAGGGUGUGCAAACGGACGCAACAUGUAACAUCCAAUAAUGUUGGGAGUUGUUGGUCAACAAUGUUGCGUCUGUUUGCACGCAGCCUAAAAAAUAAAGUUUGGUGUUGUUGUUGUACUUAGAGGGGGGCCCCCGGGGUUUGUGGAAGGAGCUAAAGUCGGUACAUAAGGGUACCCCCAAGGCUAGGUGCUCAAUCCUGACGAUCGUACGAAAAAAAAUAGGGGACUGGAACAGUGUAUCGUUGGUUCAGCGAUUAAUUAAAUGGAUAGUACAGGGAGUUUCGGUGAAUUACCUGAGGGUGGAGGGGUCAGCCAAGUAUUUGGGAUUUACAAGGUGAGUUGAAUUUGAGAGGGGCCAUUGAUGGAAACUACCCAUCAAAGUCCACCUUGCUUUUCCUGUGAGAAAAUUUAUCGCUUCAGUACCUUUAAAAACAUUUACAUGCUAAAUUAAUUCGUAUUUGCCUUUUUCAUUUUUUCCUACCUUGAUAGAUCACAAUCCCAGGGAACAAAUCGACAACCUACUGGUGUACUCUGCUGAAGGCCCCAGAAUUGAAGUCAAAACACCACGUUACCCAGGUAAUUGGUUAUAAUAAUAAAUAAUAAUAACAAUAAACUUUACUUAUAUAGCGUCAUAUCAUUGACGGCGCUUUCCAAAAAAUGUAUUAAAACUCUAAAAAAUCCAACAACUACAUGUGUAAGUAUGAAAAAUAGAUAAAAAUCUAUUUUAAAAUUAAGAAAAAGCUUGGUGAAAUAAAUAUGUCUUUAAGUGUUUUUUGAAAGAAUUCAAGGUACCAUAAUGCAAAUACGAAUUACUUUGGGUGCAAAGUAUUAUUCUCCAUCAUUCACACCAAUGUUUAAUUAAACUAGAUCAGAAGAAAAAAAAUGAAAAAUUCAACAGAAACCAUCUGAAAGACUCUUCUUGCUUAGUAAGCUUAAAAAACUUAGUAAUGGCUCCAAAGAAAACUUUUUGCUUUUCAUAAAAUUUUUUUAGAGGAAUUUGAGAGUCUGGUGGUUUGUAUUUAUUCCUCUAAAAUUUUGUCCAAAGAAAAUAAAUUUCAGUACAUUUUUUAUUUAUUUUAAAUUUAAGUUUGUUCCAAACAUUCAAGAGGGAAACGAAGGAUUCGUCCAUCACAUGCUUCUGUAUGAAUGCUAUGGCAAUUUCAGCGAGGAGGAAUUCGAUGAGGGCGUCGACUGUGACAGUGCACUCGAUCUUCCUUUUGUACAGUGCAGGUUUCUGUACCCAACGAUCGCUGGCUUGGCGAUAGGAGAACCGGUACUUUAAUCUUAGUAGAGCGAGUUUUAUUUCAACUUGAAAGUUAGUUUACUUAUGCAAGUGUUAAAAAGUCAAAACAAUGAACUCGUCGUUUUGCCGCCUUAAAGAACCCUAAUAAGCUGGGAAAAAACGUCGAUCGAUAGUCCAAUAGGCAGACCAGUUUCUUGUCCCCAAGUAGGGAAAAUUACUUUUAAGAAAUCUUUGCUAGGCUGGAAGUACGUACUCCAAUCAAAAACAGCGCACGUUUGUGUCUGUUCGAUAACUGAUCAUGAAGCCCACGAUAUUCUUAAAUCUUGUUCGUUUUGUUGUUGUGAAUUUGUUUUGUUCGUGCGUAAUCAUUUGAAGUUCAAAAAACAAAAAUCGCUCUAUUAUUCUAGAGAAAUGAACGCCAGUAUGCCAUUUACAAAACUUUUACUUUUAUGAAAUUCUCGAAAUGAUUGAGGGUUGUGGAGAACAAAAUCCGCUGUUCAGAAAUGUCGGAAAUGUCCAAUAAAUGAGUAGGAGAAAAAGCAUUUUCAAAGGGCUUAACUUCUUUUUCUUCUUGUUGCUGUUCUUGGGUUUUUUCUUUUUGGUGUUGUUUUUGGUGUUGUUUUUUGUUGUUGUUGUUGUUCUUCUUCUUCUUCUACUUGUUUUUCUUCUUCUUUAUUUUUUCCCAUUUUUCAGCAUUUGACAUUUCCCUUUUCUACCUUUUCCUUCAGGGCGUUUUUUAUCCGCAACAUGUAGGUUACGCACUCGGAUCCAGCGACUCACCCAAGUAUUUUGUGCUAGAAACGCAUUACGACAACCAGAGACUCGUUCAAGGUCUGUCCACUUUCUAAUGUUUUCUAUAUCAGCAUGCAAACGUUAUUAAGACUUCCCAGCAUAAGAGCAUUGUGUUAUUUUUAAACUAUAUAAAUAUAUAUUCGAAUAACGACUUAUAUGUUUUUUCAUAUAACGACGUAUAGGUCUCAAUAUUAUCCAUUCAAAAUAUUUCGUCGUUUCCGAUUGGCUACAAUCCCCCGGCUUAUUCGCCAUAACCAACUGGCGCUUACCAUAUUUGAAAGAUGCGAGCAAUAUAACCAUCGAUUCGAUGGUAUAAUUAACAAUUAUUCCACGACUGUACGCGUUAUAAUCAUCCCAUACCCAACAAGCGCGAGCGGAAUAAUUGUUUUGUUAAAAACUCCCACAAAAUAUCGAGAAUUCUUCCCGACUUCAUUUGUAAAAACAGCCGAUUUUCAGCUUGUUCUCAAUUUUGAGUAGACGCGUACAGUUACCAUAUUUUGAGAGCAUGGUAUAAAUACCGCUUAUUAACCGAGUUUUCGGUGCGUACUGUAAAUUACGGACCGAGUUUUUUAUCGAUGGAAAAAAACGAGGAUCCGUAAUUUACAGUACGGACCGAAAAAACGAGGCUAAUAAGAUGUUUAUUAUAUGGCUUCUUCCUGUUUGGGGGACCGGAAACAAGUGCAGGACGUACGAUUUGACAGUCAUGUGACAGGCGGCAAAAAAGAAAGUUUCUAUUGGCGCACGGAAACAAUAGCACAUAACAAAGGCUUUCCAAGAAAGUAAAAGCAAAUUCGCUAUGUUGAAAAAGUUGAUUCGGUCAAAACUAAGAGCACUGUAAGUUUUAGCUUCUUAAUGUAAAGAAUUUUGCAAACUGGACACUGUGUCUGUCUAGAAGUUGUUUCCAUCUUUCCUCCGUUUGUCCGUGUAAAAAAACACGGCAAAAGGCAAAGAAGCUUUUCAAGGUAAGUUUGUUGUCAUUGCCGAGGGAUUCGCUCGUUAGUAAUUGUUUUUGGGAAAACCUCUUUUUCUGCCAAUUCAUUCUCGUCUGCAAUUGUGAUCUGCGUUAAAAUUUUCAAACACCGACUAAAAUUCUUCUUCCUCGCGAUCGGUAAGGUUACGAUUCAGUUUUUCAGCUUCGUUCUCAUUAAAACAAAGCUAGGUUAAAAUUUCGAAAGGCAAAGUCAACAUCCCAGUCCUCAGGGUUUACAGACAUAUUUUAAAGUUUAUUCGGUCAAAACUAAGAGCACUGCAAGUAUUCACUCGUUAGUGUGACGCUGGAGUCUUUUGAAAACUGGACAUUGUGUCUGGCUCCAACUCGCUUCUAUCUUUCUUUCGUUGUUACACUGCAAAUGGCAAAGAAGCUUGUCAAGAUGAUCGGGUGCAGGUAUGUUUGUUAUCAUAUUUGUCGAAGGAAUUACGCAUUUCUCUUAGGCAAAACAUCUCGAAUCUCUGCCAGUCGAUUUUUGUCUUCUUAACUGUGUACUGCGAUAAAAUUUUCAAACACUGACUAGAAUCCUCUUCGAUAAGAUUACAAGUUAGUUUCUUCAUCGCCUUCGUUCACAAAUAAACACAGUUUAAAAUGUUGAAGGCCAAAGUCAACAUCCAAGUCCUCAAGGUUGACAGGCGUCUUAUAACUUUAUUUAAACCUUUUUUCCGAGGUAAAGAGAUUUAGAGCUCCGAAAUGAGCAUUUUCUUUAAAAAUUUUGGUCCGUAUAGCAAGUUACGGACCGCAAAUUGACCAAUCGCAUGGCAAAAACAGACUCAGCCAUAUAAUAAUGCCUCAUAUACCAUGAUGGCAAAGCCAAUCAGAGCUCUAGAAUUGCAUUACCCAAUGAUUCAGUUUUUUAAUAAAUUAUAAUAUAUGUCUUGAACUCUUUGGAACCCAGGAAUUAGGUGAUUGCGACCACUAAGAGGUCAGGGUCCGUUCCCAUAAAGACCGAUUAACCCUAAAUUUUAAUCAGCGAUUGUAUUCUUUCCUAUAGAUAAUACAGAAUAUGUUUGUUUGUUUGUUUGUUUGUCUGUUUGAUUGAUUUUGAAUAAUAAUUACGUGACUAUUACAAAUUCUGUGCUAAAUGUUUUUAAAACUUGACAGUGGAACGUAGGAAAAACCAAAAAUUACAAAAUGUAUGCAAUUUAUUUCACAUUUUGACAAUGGAGAGAAGCACGAAACAAGACAAAACAAUCUAAAAAAAAUAAUCUAAAAAUUGCGCGCGGGAGCUUCGCUAAAAAGUGCAUUUUUAUGUUGAUUGCUCGAAGCCGGGUUUGCAGAGCUUUCAAAUAUACGUCUAGCUCUAGCGACUCAUGCCCAAUCUCCCCAGAAUAUCAUUUUGUGCUAUCAUACAUUGUAAUUGGUAUGGAUCUAUGAAAGGCCAACCAGAUUUUUUAAGCUCCUGUUAGAUAAUAAUUCCUUUACAAAUCUUCGCGCUUACAACUUUGUCUAACCUAAGUUUCAUGCUUUGAAUUAUUGUAGGCUCAUUUAUUCCAGUUCGGUUCGAGACGACUGAAAUAUUAAAUGUUUAGAAAGUGAACGCUUCGUACAGAUUUGCUUAAUAAAAAGUUUGAGUGUAUCUUCAUUCCUUGUAAGAUGAUUCAUUGAUCUUUUUUCAGGCCAAAAAGACAGCUCAGGUAUCACUCUCUACUACACUGACAAGCUACGAAACUAUGACCUUGGGAUUGUAGCUGUUGGUUCGCAAGUGAAUCCUUGGUUCGUUAUUCCUCCUAAGCAGAAAAGCUGGAUAACAGAAGGAUAUUGCAUGCAUCAAUGCACAGAGGUGAGUUCUGAAAGAAGUUUUAAGGCCUUAAAUAUGAUUUUGCCGAGUCUUCUGCAGUGAAACUCUUCCAUGAAAAAAUAUUUCAGUAAUAUUUUCCUUUCAUCAAAUAGACCUUUUGACCCAUACGGCGGCCAUAUUGAAUUAAUUCACUUUAAGGAGUGUUUUAGGAUGCCCAGGGGGCAUGAGCACAUUUCGUUUGCAUUUUCGAGCGCUUUUCGGGACAUUUUUUCUUAAAGUUUUCUUAGAAUAAGAUUGUAAUGGAAAAAGAGAUCCUUGUUUUGAUGUAAUACUGAUCGCCUUUUUCCAGAGAAAUAUACAGUGAAAGACCAUAUUUCUAAUAUUAGACUAGAAAAAGGUGAUCAUUAUUACAUCCAAACACGGCACAAGGAUCUUUUUCCCCAUUACAAUCUUAUUCUAAGAAAUCUUUAAGAAAAAAUGUCACGAAAAGCGCUCGAAAAUUCAAACGAAAUGUGCUCAUGCCCCUGGGCAUCCUAUAAUACUCCUUAAAUCGAAUUAAUUCAAUAUGGCCGCCGUAUCGGUAAAAAGGUCUAUUACAGCCCUGAUCCUACCCUGCGAGCAGAGGCUACAUUUUCGCUGUGUUAGCUGGCGUGCGAAAAGUAGCCUCUGCCGACAACCGUUCAAAUCCGUCCAGAAAUCUGGACGAAUAAAUUUAAAAAACUGGUUUUUUCCUGUUCUUGACCGGUUUAGAGCAUUGCGUGAGUCUUGCGUGAAUCUUGCGUAGCAGAUCAGAGUUAACGCAAUUUUUUUAUUCCCGCGAAACUCGCGCCAUUUGACGACAGACCUGACGAUUAAUUUUGCUUGCGAAUCGCGUGACGAAUUUCGCGCAUGCACGAUAGAAAAUUGAACGGUUGUCGGCAGAGGCUACUUUUCGCACGCCAGCUCCUACAGCGAAAAUGUAGCCUCUGCUCGCAGGGUACCCUGAUCCAAGAGUUUCAGGGCAAAUGGCCGGCAGUCUGUCAUGGAGAUAUCACUGAGUGACAUGCGUUGAGACCCUGAGAAACGUUGCACUCCUCUAGCCAAUUCUGCGUCAUAAUUAGCCACGCAUAAAAGCGAAGCCUCCGUUUAAAUACUUGUCAUUUACAUUAAAACAAUUAACCUUAAACCAAUUUUCUUUAAGCCAUUGCAAAUAAUUCCGCAAAUUUAUACCUCAUUUUAGGAGCCUUCCCUUUACGUUUUGAGGAAGAGGUUGGACGAUUUAAGAGAAAAAUCCCGCAAACAGUCCUAAAACUCUUCCAUCAAGCUAGCACUCUUAUAAUUACAGCAAAAAAUAGUUAUGGAUCAAGUAAAUUCGAUCACAGUAGCUUGAAAAGAAUGCCCAGGUUGCCCAAACUACAUUAGCCAACCCUGCUCCCCAAAAAUGCUUUGCAAAGUUAGUGGUCAGUCCCUGAAUGAACCGAUCUGAGCAGCAUCCUAAAAUCCUACGCUAAAACACUUUUGCGGAAAUCAUAGUAGCACUCCCGAAAACCAAGUAUAUUUCCUCUUUUAACAUGGGUGAGGUAUCUUCAAAAUCUCGCUCGCUUCACGUAACAAUCACAUGCAAACAUUUUUCUCACAGUCGUUUAACUUAAGUUCAUUAUUUGCGCUAAAACCGACGGCAGACCAACACAGAGUUUGCUUCCAAACCAGACAAAAACCAAGUCUAUGGCACGGCAAAAAUUCGCCACCAAAUUUGCUCUCGCCGAGUACAUAUGACCUUGACACCCAGUUUCUAAGGCCAAGCACUUGUGAAAGCCGAGAACUGACAAAUCGCCAAUAUCGAUUGCCGUUUCAUAUCGAACACGGAGUAUGAGUUUUUCACCCGUAUAACCAAAUGACGCGAAAUACAGACGCGGCCAAACAGUUUGCUUUGCUCCUUUUAGGGCUUUACAGGAUGCCCUCCGAGAAACUUUGCUCGAGGCGGUUAAAACUGAAACCCUAAGAUAACCAAAUUACAUUAAUAAUAAGAAUGAAAACCAAACCAAGGUAAACAAGAAUCGGGAAAGGGAUAGGAGAGGAAUUUCUAGACGCACGUUUUAGCAAAUCCAGUCAGGACUAUAUUAGUUCAGUGCUAAAUCAGGGAGAGGAAACUCUCACUACUUUCGACGUAGAUUAAGCUUUAAUUUCUUUAACUGAAGCGUAUGCUGUACAGAAACGAACUACAAUCAAUAUUUUUGUCGUCUGGAAAGGAAAAAUCUUUGUUGGUGAUGUAAAUCGAAAUUUUGCUUUCGGAUACAGACCUAACUUUACUUGUAAAGCAACUAUUUAAUUGAUGACUGACACUCAGUGUGUCGCUCCUUCAAGCAUGGACACUACUUCGAUCGACAUGCAUAUUGUCAAGACUAUCUAAGUUGCCCUAACUGCUACUUAUUAGGUAAGCAUAUCAUAUUAAUUGAUCCAAUGGCGUCAUUACUGUUUCAGUCCAUGUUUAAGAAUUCGGGAUUACCUGAAGGUGGAAUCAACGUAUUUGCCGCAGGGCCACACACUCACAUGGCAGGUAAAUCAUUGUAGUGGUAAUUUUCUAGUAAAACAGUGGCACCCAACGAUGGUUUCUUCCUAAAUACAUAGAAAACACUUUUGCCCUAUCCAGAGUACUUUUAGAUGUCUAGAAAUGCAUUCUAAGCAGCGCUAUAAAAUUUGUACCUGUUCAGUCCUCCUAGGAGAGCUUAAGUCUUUUCGAAAUUACUAGAGUUCAGUAUCAUUUUCUCAAAAACUUCAGAUGCAAUUUAACGUAUUAGGAAAGUGAGAAUUUUUCUGAAUCCUCUCUCUAGCACAUUUUUGAUUCCGAAAAUUUUAGGUAUCUUCUUUGUACGAAAAAUAUCCAAACCUGGGCAGUGAAAUGUGAAAAAUUAAACUUCACAAAAUCGUAUUGAAUUUAUUAGAUAAGCUUCGAAAAUUGCACAUGAAUGGAAUGGCUAUCUAGAGACUUUUAGCCGUCCUCAAGUAAUAGAAAACUCUAAUAGGAAAAUUUAUUACCUGACGAGGGAAUACCGCGUUAAAUUGACACGGUUUUCCAAAUUUAAAUUCGACCAGGAAUCAGGUAGACGAAGAACCACUGGUAUCGAAAUGGCCCUUAUUCACUAUGUCAACGUCAUAAGUCAAAAUAAACUUCACCUACAAAAAGGAGUUAACAAUUUGUUUGCAGCAAAUUUAUUUUGUUUGCUGCAACUUUAUUUCAUCUGCAGCAACUUUUUUUAUUUGUGGUAUGUCCCCUGUGGGCCACCGUCUUUUGUGUUUUCUUUUCUUUUUAUCUCAUUUAUCCUGAGGCACAACUUUCAUCGAAUAUGGAAAAAAAAAUGUAGGAUCUUGCAUAACUCUGAGUUGUUUCUCAAAGGUUUUAAUGGGAGAGAUUAUCGUUAAAAUAUCAUAAUGUUUAUUUGGCAACUAUGAGUAAGUUAUAAAUCAUGCCGGCCAUCGGUACUAUAUAGAACGCCCAGCAGUAACCUCAUGUCCUCUUAGAGGGUUAGUAUUUUUCUAUUCAUGCUGACAAGCUCUUCCACUGUCCAAUCCACGAUACCUACACUGUAGCGUUCCACACCUACAUCCCAGGCAUUGACGCCACUAAUAAAAUGAUGAUGAUGAUGAUGAUGAUGAAGACGAUUUAUUAUGAUUAUAAUUAUAAUUAUUAUUACUAUUAUUAUGCAGUAUAAAACGUGAGAAUGCAAACUAUUACUAGUAAAUAAGUUUUAGUAUUAUUGUUUUAUCAUCAUCAUAUUUUUAUUAUUUUAUCUAUUUUUUGUUACUUUACUAGGUACAAUCCAGAUGCUUUUUUGUGUGUUUUGUCUUUGCCCAAUAAAGUAUGAAUAUAGCUUUUGUUUUUUUUAGGACGCGCCACUUGGACUAAACAUGUUCGUAACGGAAAAGAACUUCCUGAGAUUACUCGGGAUGAUCAUUAUGACUUCUCUUUGGCGGUAGGUUUAUUAAUCAUGUGACAUCAACAUCGCGCUAGUUUAUUCAGCCUUUUAGGUUGUAACGCAUUGAAAGUAUAAGCAAUGUUGUUGUUGUUGUUGUUGUUGUUUUUCAUAUUUUGGUAUGAAGGUUGGAGCCAAAGUGAUAUGGGAUUUACAUCAACUAUUUCCUAAACAACUUGCCACAAGGAUGUUAAAAGAUUUUAAUAUUUAUAUAUAUAUGUCUACUCGCUUAAUAAUAUAUAUAUAUGUCUACUCGCUUAAUAAAUGUAACGUCCUUGAGAUUAAAUUUCCCGCCAUUUUUGGCUAGUUUUAGUGGUAAAGUGGCAGAAAAUAGCAAAAGUGAUUUGGGAUGUAUGUCAACCAUUUCUAAAAGAACUUACCACAAGGAUGUCAAAAGUGAAAAGAUUUUAAAAUAUGUCUACCAACUCAAUAAAUAUAACGUUUUGAAAUUGAAUUUCUCGCCAUUUUAGGGUAGUUUUAGUACCAACGUCACAGAAGAUGAACCUCGCAAAAACCUCAUAUCUUUAAUUUUUGAGUGGGUGGACAUAUUUUUAAAGUCGUACAUUCCUGGGCUAGUUUAAGACUUUACACUGACGCAGCACACCUCUGAGUCAAUAACCAUCACUGAUCGCAUUUCUGUUCUGAACGUUGGAAACAAUUGUUGUUAAGCGCCUAGAUCAUUACUGGACAGGCGCUAUAAAAAUCUUCUUCUUCUUCUUCUUCUUCUUGUUCUUCUUAUUAUUAUUAUUAUUAUUAUUAUUAUUAUUAAUUCGUAAUUUAUUCAAGGCAAUGAUAGGACACAAAUGUGUCAAAUAUUUAGCCAAUGAGACUCCACCACCAUCAAUUGUCUUCAGCAGUCAUUGAACAACUGAGAAAGUUUGACAAUAACUUGGAUUGGUUUUAAAAAGUCAUAAAUGUUCCAAUUUGCUUUGCGUUUUCUGGUGGUUUCUCUUCAUUUCUACCGGCAUUUUUACUUUAAAGGGAGUUUUUGUUAGAGGACAGACAUAUAAAAAUACUAGCGUCGAAAUUGGAGCCAAUUUUCUGAAGCAAUUCUUUCCCCAAUUGAAAUUGCAGACUGACAAACAAAACAAACGUCUAUGUUAAUGCAAAAUUUCAGCUGAAUCGCAUUAAAACUGAAAAAUAUGAAUCAACUCGAGCAUAUUUGGCAAAAUUAACUCUCCUAAAUUUUAAUUUUAGGCGGAAUGGGAAGCUUUUACUAUUAUUAUUAUUAUUAUUAUUAUUAUUAUUAUUAUUGUUAUUAUUGUUGUUGUUGUUGUUGUUAUUAUUAUUAUUUUGUAAGUCUGUUAUACCCAAGCUUAAGUUAUAAUCGCCCUUUUUUGUGAAAUAGUGUUCUCUCCUUCUUUUCAGUACACUCAGUUGCUUAGAAAAGAAAUCAAUAUUCAGCCGGUAAGUAAUUGCAUGGUGGAGACGAUGAACUAAAAUAACCUUGGCUCAGAUUUUGACAAGUCCAUGUUUUUCUCUUAGAACUACCUGUAUAAAAACGCUCUUGGUCGAAAGAUGCGAAUGUGAUAGCAACCGCUUUCUUCGUUUCCUUCAGCGGAGUUUUAUUUAUAGAGAUACUUUAACACGUUUACCGAAACAAUUUUUUAUGGGGAAAAGUCUCUGCACAAAAAUUCAAAGAUGCUUUAAGGUCUCCCCGUGUAAAAGCGCUAGUGCGCGAUAAUAUUGCUGACGACACACUCAUUGAAAAAAGCUGAGAUAUACAGGGUCGAGAAAGUGGAAAGCAUUUCAAUUACAACGGCUUUAUGCUGUUUAAAGAUUAAAAACAGGUAAAAGAUCAUAGAUGCAUAAAGUCUUCCUUAAACAAAAAAUGGUACGAUAAAGAAUGCCGUUGAAAAGUAGCAAACUAGAAACUUUGAGGCUCUCUAAAUCCUAUCAUACGUGAGCAAUAUCAUGAUACCCUGACGCAGUGCAAGGAAUUCCUUAAUUCUAAAAAUAAACCAAAAUCCCUUCGAAGUUUGCAAAACGCGCAGCGCGAUACAACGCACUUGGCUGUAACCUACCUGACUUUAACACUGAUUUGUUAGAUACCGCUAUGGUAAAAAAAAAACUUUGUAGGUUUAUUGGCAAAACAACCUUCAUCACUCUCAUACCACUUCCAAUUACCUAGACUUAACGAGAGGAACAGUGGGAGACGGAAAUUAGUAAACUUACGAAUAAGUAACCACAAACUACUGAUAGAACUUUGUAGAUACAAUCAGCCCUUCCAAUCGAUCAAAUGGAAGACGAAGUUGGCUUUCUCUUUUUGUUGUCCUACAUACUCUUUGAUCAGGAAUAAUUUUUACAAUGAAGUUAAGACUCUGAUUCCAAAUAUUACUCAGUUACCUGUAAACGUUUUGAACAAUUAACUUCAACAAUAUACAAUUCAUGAAAUAAUUAUUUCAGCUUGCUUUGAUUUUCGCGACGAAUUAUUAACCAAGAAGCUUUUUGUCCUGUUACUAAAUUUUAGUUCUUAUUUUUAAAAUAUAUUAUAAAUAGCUUUUGCAAUACUGUGUGUACUUGUAUGGCCAUGCAAAUAAAGCUUCCUGUUGUUGUCGUUGUUCAUUCAAUUUUGAAUUAUCUCAUAAUUUUGUUCCUUUAUUGGACACUUUUUAGAAACUGUAUGGUUUUCAAGGUUUUUUGUUCCAAAAGCAUGAGCGUUUUGGCGAUUUCCGAGCAAGCGGACUCCACCUAAUAAAUCAUCUUAGAACAGUGUUUUAGUAAUAACGAACCAGGGCCCAGUUGCCUAAAACCUACACUUAAGUGCCCACUUAAGUAGUUCACUUACGAAUCCGUUAUGGGUAUACUUACGGGUGUUGCAUGGAACGCACUUAGCACUCUCGUAAGUUACUGUUUUACGUGGUAACUUACGGGCUCACUUAAAGGCACACGUAACUUUGAUAUAGUACUUCAUUAAUGACUCACUCUCUUUUUUUUAAGCUAACCAUCGGUGAGUGCAAAGAAAGUUUUAAGUCGUUUCGAACA